GUGUGUGUGUGUGUGUGAAUAUUAAUAUGCUGCUGUGGUGGACUGGCCUCAGACAUGUCUCAACCUGUCCUCUCAAGAAUGCUGCAAACUGGAGCCUUUAUACGAAAACCUGACAGCGAUGGAGACAUAACAUUUGGCUUUUUUAGUUGUCAUUAAUGGGGCACACCCGUCUGUAAAGGUUUAGGGGCUGUGAGUGGCAUCAGCCCAUAUAUAAAGUAUUAUGAGGGCCUGUCGUAUGACAGGGAGGAUCUUCACAGGAUGCACCUGAGAGCCAGAAGAGCCACGCAAUCUCAUGAAUACACACUGCAGCUGGACUUCACAGCUUUCCACAGAACUUUCCGGCUGUAUUUGAAACGCGACGCAGGAGCGUUCUCAGAAGAUUUCACGGUGGUCAGUGAGAAUGGCUCCACAUCAGCUGACGUCUCCCACAUAUACUCAGGAACCCUCGAGGGUGAACAUGGUUCAGCCUGCCAUGGCUCUGUGUUACAGGGUCAGUUUGAGGGAUCGAUCCACACAGACAACGGGACUUAUCACAUAGAGCCGGUUCAAAGAUACACCAGCAGAGAAACAGAUCACCACUCUAUAAUCUACCAUGAGGAUGACAUGGUCCUGCCGUCCAUGAGAACCAGCCCUGAUGGAUUCUGCGGUGCAGAACAUCUAAACGUCCUCGCCCAAAGCCUCAGAGCCAGUGAGGAGGCACCAGCGAGCCGGCUGAAGAGAACAGUGGAUGAGUCAAAGACCAGCUGCCUGCUCCACCUCCAUGCUGACCACCUCUAUUACAAGAGGUUCAAGUCUGUGGAGGCUGUUGUGGCUCAGGUUUCCAACUACAUGCGAGCUGUUAAUGACGUCUUCGACAAGGUGGACUUUGAUGGAAUAAAACUGAUCAACUUCAAAGUGAAAUCCCUCAGGGUGAUGACUGAGGAGGAUAAGAACGAUCCCCUGUAUCCUCUGUACAUCGGGCCAGAGAAACUGUUGAGUCUGUACUCUGAGAACAACUGGGGCAACUUCUGUCUGUCCUACCUGCUCACUAACAGAGACUACAGCGGCGUCCUGGGGCUCGCCUGGGAGGGCAAGGCCGGUAACUGGGGAGGAAUAUGUUCUCAGCAGAGGACCCUUCGUAACGGCGGGCGCUCCACACUGAACACGGGUCUGGUCACCAUUCAGAACUACGGAGAGUUCCUGCCCCCUCGACACGUCCAGCUGACCUUCGCCCACGAGCUCGGACACAGCCUGGGAUCACCACACGAUGAGGGCUUGAACUGCGGGAACCUCGGGUCGAAUGGCGGUGAAGGCAGGUACCUGAUGUUCCCUCACGCCACGGACGAGGUGCGCGAAAACAACGACAAGUUCUCGCCCUGCAGCGUGGAACACAUCAGCAAGAUCCUGAAUCUCAAGAAGGACGACUGCUUUGUGGUCAGCGAUCAGCCCAUCUGUGGAAACCAGAUUGUGGAGGAAGGUGAGGAGUGUGACGUGGGCCAAAAUGAUACAGACCUCUGCUGCUUCAGUGCCAAGCAGCCUGUUGGAGUCCAGUGUCGCCUCAAGCAGGGUAAAGUCUGCAGUCCGAGUCAGGGCCUGUGCUGCAGUCAGGACUGCCAGUUCAAGCCGGCGGAUCAGACCUGCGACGAGGAGACCGACUGUCAGAAAGUGAGCGUGUGUUCAGGCGUCUCGCCGCUCUGCCCCGAGCCAAGCGCCAAGGAAAACCUGACAGUCUGCAGUCAGGGCACGCGCGUCUGCAUGAACGGGGUCUGUUCUGAGUCUGUGUGUGUGAAGCACAGUCUGCAGCAGUGUGACUGUCCAGGAGACUCCAUGAAGGAGAAAUGCCACAUGUGCUGCCAGCAGCCUGAUAAGCCAGAGACGUGUGCCAGCACCACCUCCUCUGUGCUGUCACGUCACUUCCAGAGAAAGGCGCUGGCAUUGGCCAGUGGGGCUCCUUGUUCGGGGAACAAGGGGUACUGCGACAAAUUCAACAUGUGUCGUCUGCUGGAUGCGGACGGCCCCAUCGCAAGACUGAAAAACUCCUUUCUCAACUUGGAUGACUUUGAUGACAUAGCUGAAUGGAUGAAGGCUCACUGGUGGGCCAUCCUGCUGGUUAUCCUGACUCUGUCCGCAGUGAUGGGCUGCACCGUCUGCCUCUGUGGCCGCAAACUGGACACCGAUGACCUGGAGUGAACUCCUCCUUCUGAUCCCCGCCACCAUCAUGAUGACAGAUGUAAAAGGAUUAAUUUAUCUGGGAUUUUUAAGUGUCAUGGUCACGUUGAGGAGGUUGUUUGCACAUGCGAGUGUCCUGUGAUGCACGUGGAAAACAUCGCUGUUGCUGCCAACCGUGAAGUCAGUCGACCCCUCCUUCACGUCACAUCAGUCACCUACAGCGAUUUUAAAGCGUCCCUGCAAAGACUGAUGGGACUCUCCCCCAUGUUGCCCUGCAGUUUGCUUGCUGUUGUAUUUGUGUUUAAGUGCUAAUUUAAGCCUUGAUGACAAUCCAGCUGUCCUGCACAGUGACUAUGAAUUACUGGUCCUCUUUACACGACCUUUGGUCUAAAUGCUGUCAUUUAAAUGUCAUUUUCAUUAUGUGUUUACAAAGAAAAAGGAUGCUCAGGUUAAAGGUGAUAAAGUGAUAGUUAACACGUUGGAUGUGCAAAUGAGUGUUUGUUAACCACUUAUGAUUUACAGUGAUUCAAAGUACUCAGAUGCUGUACUUAAGUGCAAUUUUGAGGUAGUUUACCGUACUUUCAUUUUAUAUUUUAAGCAACUUUGUACUUUUUGUCCACUUAACUUCAGAGGGAACUUCUGUUCUUGUUAUCCCACAAUUUCUAUUUAUGUUUUUUGUAAAUAAAGAUUUAUAUACAUGA